GCUAGGACAAGUAACAUAAUAGUGCAUCCCACGUCGGCUUUAUUGCGUUGCGCGCCUGUUGGAAGUCACAACAAAGUCUAAGUCACACAAAAGCAACGUAAUAGACCAACUAAUAACAUAAAGCUCGUUAUAACAAAAACAAGACGCUUGUAGCACAAAUCUGACAAGCGGGGAUGGAUGUUUUUCAAAGCGGAGAAACUCGUGCUGCUUAUGUUAGCUGACUAGUGUUUCUAUUAACAGCUAAUGUAGCCUGUUUGCCAAACUGUAUCGCGGCAGGAAAAACUAGCGAAGGUGCGCAUCACAUUGUGACAACCAUUUAUUAGUUCUAGCUACGUUACCAUCAUUCCGACAAAACGAAUAAUCAUAAAAAUGUGCAAAACCAGUAGGGUUACGAAGAACUAGCCCGAGUGACACUUCUGCCAAGCCGAAUGUCUGGAAUGCAGGCUGUGACUAAUGUCACAGCCUUGGCCCAGGUGGACCGAGAGAAGAUCUACCAAUGGAUCAAUGAGUUAUCCAGCCCAGAGACCAGAGAAAAUGCCUUGCUGGAGCUAAGCAAGAAACGAGAGUCUGUGCCAGACCUGGCUCCAAUGCUUUGGCACUCCUGUGGCACCAUUGCUGCCCUGUUACAGGAGAUAGUGAACAUCUAUCCAUCUAUAAAUCCACCUACACUUACAGCUCAUCAGUCGAAUAGAGUGUGCAAUGCCCUGGCACUUCUGCAGUGUGUCGCAUCACACCCAGAGACACGGUCAGCUUUUCUUGCCGCUCACAUCCCUCUCUUCCUGUACCCCUUUCUGCACACUGUGAGCAAAACACGGCCGUUUGAGUACCUGCGACUGACUAGCCUUGGAGUCAUAGGUGCCUUAGUCAAAACAGAUGAACAGGAAGUGAUUAACUUCCUCCUCACCACUGAAAUCAUCCCACUGUGUCUUCGCAUCAUGGAAUCAGGCAGUGAACUCUCAAAGACGGUUGCUACUUUCAUACUGCAGAAGAUUCUGUUGGAUGACACAGGGCUGGCCUACAUAUGCCAGACUUAUGAACGUUUCUCCCAUGUGGCCAUGAUUCUUGGCAAAAUGGUGCUGCAGCUUUCAAAAGAACCAUCUGCACGUCUGCUGAAGCAUGUUGUUCGUUGCUACCUUCGCCUCUCAGAUAAUCUCAGAGCCAGAGAAGCCCUGCGUCAGUGUUUGCCAGACCAGCUGAAAGACAGCACCUUUGCACAGGUGUUGAAGGAUGACACCACUACCAAGCGCUGGCUGGCACAGUUGGUUAAGAACCUGCAGGAAGGCCAAGUGACUGAUGCUAGAGGCAUCCCACUGGCUCCACAGUGAUGGAAGGGAAAGUGGCCAUCGCUGUAUAGAUUUUGUUAUGUAAAAUGUGCCGCUAAGACUGUCUGUCUGCAAAAUAAAAGGACUAAAUGAUGAAAA